CAAUGGAAAUUGGUUUGAGCUUGCCAUCAGGGUGGUAAUUUCGUUUUCGAGUUUGAAACCCAAUCCUCCCCCCAUAGUCAAAAUUUCAACAUUAAUGCAGCUGUGCUUCAUUCUUGACGACUUUGCAAACGUUCCAAUUACGAUGUUACUGAAAGACAAAACUACAUUAAUCUCUUAAUUUAAUAAUAGGUGUUCAUGCCAGUGUACGUCUUACGUAGGAUUACUGGGGCAAUCCUGGUUCGGGACUAUAUAACUCAACACGUUUCACUGCCUAAAUCCCCACCACAUUCGUUUCCCAAAAGCAGAAACCCACCACCAUCACCAUGGAGCUCUCUCUUGCUGUUUUGCUUGCUCCUAUUGUUGUCACAGUUGUUGUUGUUGUCGUCGUCUUUGGACUCGGAGCCAGGCCUAGAUCUAGUACUAGCAGCGGUGCCAAAGACCUUCCCCCAGGGAGCUUGGGGUGGCCUGUCAUGGGUGAAACUCUUGAAUUCCUGUUUGGGAAGCCGGAAAAGUUUGUGUUUGAUAGGAUGAAGAAGUACUCUCCUCAUAUUUUCAAGACCAAGAUUCUUGGGGAGGAAACUGCUGUCAUAUGUGGUCCUGAAGGACACAAGUUUCUUUUCUCCAAUGAGCAAAAGCUCUUCACAGCUUUCCGACCUCACUCGAUGCAGAAACUAUUCCGCUCUUACCAGGCUGCUGCACCAGUUCAGAUUGCCAGGGAUGCUGAGGCAAAAAUUUUGCGGUCUCCAGGAUUCUUGAAGCCUGAAGCACUGGUGAGGUAUUUGGGGAAAAUGGAUUCCAUCACUCAGCAACAGAUGGAGAAAUACUGGCAAGGCAAAGAUGAAGUGAAGGCCUUCGCUCUUGCUAAGACCCUGACCUUGACUCUCGCAUGUCGUUUCUUCUUGGGCAUCGAUGACCCUGAGCGUAUCUCUAGGCUCGUUACCAACUUUGAUGAUAUUACCUUGGGGAUGCAUUCAAUACCUGUGAACUUUCCAGGGACAAUUUUUUACAGAGCGAACAGGGCGGCAGCUGCUAUCAGGAAGGAGUUAAGAGAAGUUAUAAAGGAGAAGAAAACUGCCAUGGCGACAGGAGCACCUAUGCAGGACAUACUUUCCCAUAUGAUUGUGGCCACUGACCCGUCCGGAAAAUACAUGCCGGAGGCUGAGAUUGCUGAUAAGAUUAUGGGGUUGCUGGUUGCAGGGUACAGUACUGUGGCUACUGCUAUGACUUUCUUCAUGAAAUACGUUGGAGAGAGGCCUGACAUCUAUGACAAAAUCUUAGCAGAGCAAUCAGAGGUUGCAGCUGCCAAAAAGCCAGGGGAGCUCUUGGAUUGGGAUGACAUACAGAAGAUGAAGUAUUCAUGGAAUGUAUUGUACGAAGUCAUGAGACUGACACCUCCACUUCAGGGAACUUUCAGGGAAGCCCUCACAGAGUUUACUUAUGCUGGUUUCACCAUUCCAAAGGGAUGGAAGGUAUAUUGGACAGUUAGCACAGCGAACAGGAACCCAGAAUUCUUUCCAGAACCAGACAAAUUUGACCCUUCAAGAUACGAUGAAGGAAAUACUUUUCCCCCAUUCACAUUCGUUCCAUUUGGAGGUGGACCUCGGAUGUGUCCAGGGAAAGAGUACGCUCGACUGGCCAUACUCACAUUCGUGCACAACGUUGUGAAACGGUUCAAGUGGGAGUUGGUGGAGCCAAAGGAAAAGAUCAUUGGAGAUAUGAUGCCAACACCAGAAAAAGGGCUCCCCAUUCGCCUUCGGUGUCACUAGGCUGGCGUCUAAAAGCUCUCUCCUUUUGAUUCUAAACAUACAAAGAGACUUUUCUCAUUUAACUAAUAAAGUUGUAGCUAUGGGACCAUUCUCCAUAUAUAGUUUUAGCCUAAGAGGCUCCCAAACCCUAUGGCUUUUUCCCUUCUUUUUGUUGAAAUCGUUGUCUGUCUGUCUUUCUUUAUGUUAAAAUGGUUGAGCCACAAGAUAUGCUGUAUCUUCUUUGCCAUAAAGCCAUAUUUUAGGUUUACCAAAGUCAGAUUGCAGCCCUUCACAUUGAACAAAUGUUUUUAGUUACUGUUAA